CGUAUUUUUUCCAGAUAAUAAGUAUAUGUAUCUUUCACAGUCAAUCGUUAAUUAUUGAAAAUGUCAUCUGUUCAGAAUGCACUAGUCCAUUCCCAAAAUUGGCCAAGAUUCCGCUGGCAGAACAUCAUGCGCAAAUCGAAGUUUAUCCCCAGACUGAACAGCUGCUUUUAUUUCUUUAAUUUGGAAAAAGGCUGCAAGUUCAUAGCCAUUUUUGAGGCCUUGGCGAGCGUGGUCCAGAUCUGCAGUAUAUAUUAUCUAGUCAACCAGGCAAGUCAAAGUGCAACGUUUUCGGAUCCGCUGUGGGUCACCAAACUUGAUAGAGAUGGCAUAAUCCGAAGGUUCUUUCUACAUCGCACAAAUCACAACUUUCGCAUGGGACUCGGUUGGGUUACAGUUCUUAAUUCUAUGCUGCUCUUCAUAGGAAGCAAAUGGGGUCACCAAGUUUUCCUCUUCCUAUGGAUCUACAUUUCAGUCUUCACAGCUCUCAUGACAAAUGUUAGCUAUAUUUUACGCUACAUAGGUUUGACGCAAUUCUUAAUAUCAUUAUCAUCGAUAACACUUGAAACCUAUUUCAUAAUGGUGGUUGUUUCAUUAAUUUGUAAGUUCCAGGAAAAAUCCACUGAUCGUAGUGCUCCUAGUGAUGUCGAAGUGCUCUUAUCAGACAGCGAAGAGCUGUAGUCAGCCAAUUAUAUUUCAUUUCAUAAAAAAUCACACCCAGUUAUUGUCGAAAAUAAAUCUUUAG